AUGUCGACAUCCUCUUCAGCCAACAUCCAGCCAUCCGUGUCGGCAUCUUCUCCUGCCACUGCCACCACAUUGACCUCGAAGAACCAGCUCUACGCGCUCGCCUCGCGCGUGCCGCUCAUCAAGUCUCCCUCCCUUUCCUUGCCCAAGCCAGUCAAGCUUCCACCGGACCUGCAUCCUCUACCCGCCGACAUUUCGGCCUACUUUGUCUACCCGUUCAGCCUCGAAUCGUACGUCUUGGAUGCAAAUACACCGAGUUCAGCCACGGUCGAUCAGCUGCUUGCCAAGCACAAGCAGUAUCUGGAGAACAGGGAGAGAGAAAAGCAGGAUAGGCAGAGAGAUAUCCUGAGGAAGGUUGCGCCUGGAUGGCAUGGUGCUGUGCUGCUGCCAACAACCAGCAGCAGACCCGAACCCGCAGCGAGUCGUGUGCUGGAUUCGAAAGCAGAGACCAAUCAACAGCAGAGCGAACAACGCCAGCUGCAGCACGAGAGGACGCCAUUGGACGAUUUGGCCGAUCAUCUCGCUCAGCUCGACGCUCUCAAUUCGGCCGGCGCGCCUUCGCAUGCUCAGAACGAGUAUGUGCAUCAGUAG